ACACUUCGGUUACUCAGCGCACGUGGCUUCCCGUAUAUAACGGAAAGGGCGGAGUUACUGGCAGCGGUGGCAAAACAAUUGUAAAUAAUGGAGAAUAUGACAACUCGUGAAACUUCUGUGAAGACAGCACCUUAGAAAACAACUGAAGACCGCCCCAUUUGACGUACACAUUUCAUUCAGACCAAUUAAGUUGGACGCCUUUAAUGUGAUUCUAGCCAAUCACAGUCACCCAGCUCACAGCAAACGAGCAGAAAGAAAAGAUGGCGGCGAGGAACGGGAAGAGUGGUCUACUGGAAAAAUGGAGGAUUGAUGAAAAGCCUGUGAAGAUUGACAAAUGGGAUGGUGCAGCAGUGAAGAACUCUCUAGAUGAUGCAGCUAAGAAGGUUUUGAUUGAAAAAUACGGCUACGUUGAGAACUUCAGCCUAGUUGAUGGACGUCUGUUCAUUUGCACAAUCUCCUGCAUUUUUGCCAUUCUAGCUUUAAUUUGGGAUUACCUACACCCAUUCCCAGAAUCAAAGCCAGUCCUGGCAUGCUGUAUCAUCACAUAUUUCAUAAUGAUGGGUGUUUUGACCAUGUACACCUCUUACAAAGAGAGGAACAUGUUCCUGAUGGCCAUGCAGAAAGACCAAGCUGGUAUGGACCCAGAUCACAUUUGGCAGCUCUCCUCUAGUCUAAAAAGGUUUGAUGACCAGUAUACAUUAAGAAUGUCCUUCACAGAUGGGAAAACCAAGCAGACGAGGGAGACUGAGUUUACAAAGUCUGUUGGGACAUUCUUUGAUGAGAAUGGAACGUUGGUGAUGGACCAAUUUGAAAAAAGUGCCUCAAAGCUUCAUGACACAUUGGCCACAGAGAAGAAGACAAAGUAGCGUUUAGUCUAAACUGAUGGCACCAGCCCUCUGCGGUCCAGCACUCAUGGUAACAUUGGCUCUAGUGGGACAAAACACAGAUGUUAUUCAGGCUUGUGUGCUAUCAGAGUUUAACUAUCAACUGUAACAUUACAUACCGUCAGCAUAGUGUUUUUUUUUUUUUUAUUGCUUUGUGUAUAAUCUGGUUUGUUUUUGUUUCAUGGAUCAUCUUUGUGUUCUUUCUUUUAAAUGAAAGUUCAAUUUAUACAAAUGUCUCAGUUUGACAUUCUUAUAGAAAGUUCACCCAGAAAUGAAAAUAUAUGUUUCUCUAUAAUUUACUCACCCUCAUGCUGGCUUUUGUUAUCCACGGCAGAGCGAUGCAGUUUUGGAACAACAUGAAGGUGGGUCAAUGAUGACAAGUUUAAUUUUGGGGUGAACUAUUCCUUUGAAACGAGAGAAGCCAGACAUUUUGCCUGAUAUGCUUAGAAUCAGUGUUCCUCAGUGUCAGUAUAUUUUAAGUACAUGUAAGCACUCAUUUAAACUGUAAUACUGUUGUUUUGUGAUCACAAACAGUUCCCAGUAGGCUUUUAAAUGUUGAGUGAAUAUUUACAUACAUAUUUUCAUAAAUUAAAAUUAGUUUUGGAGUAUAAUAUAUACACACACAUUUGUCCCAAGAGCCUUAUUAAAUGUGACUUUUUGAUCUUAUCAAUUUGUGCUUUUUAUGUUGUUAUGGCUUUAAAAGACACCAAAAAAGGGACUGUAUGCGUCUGUUUUGUUGCCCUCUUGGCUGCUUUUGAUACUUUUGUGUUUUGCCAUUUAAUUUUGAACAGGGAGAAUCAUUUUGUUCCUAUGUUUGGAGGUAGAAUGUGGAUUAGUUUUGACCUGUUUUUUCACAGUCGUGGAUCUGGAUUUUCUUUUUCGUUUUUGUCAUCAAAUAAUUCCAUGCAGGUUUUUGGUUUCAUUUUUUAUUUAUUUUGAAAAGGUUAAAAACAUUUGGAUGCAGAUCCAUACUCCAUAAUGUGAAAUAGGCCUACUGAAUUCCACAAAGUAGUCUUUGCCGUUUUUGUUUAGGCUAAUGAUUUUCAACCUUAGUUAUCCAUAAUGUAUGUGCCUGUUCUUCUCAAACAAACAAUAAUUAAAAAAAGUUAUAAAAUAAAAUGACAUGGCAUUUUUACAUUUGUGUUCACAUGUCUGAUCUUUUUUUUAAUCAGAACUUGGUCACAUU